GGGGAUGCGGAUGCCAUAGCAACAGGCCGAUUAGAUCCAGACCUUUAUAUUCACAUUUAUUUAUUUAAUAUGUCAUUUGCAUGCGAUGCGCGCCUGUGUGGACGUGCCGGAUCGACCUCUGGGUAUUGAGUCAGAGUGAGAAGUGAAUUCAGCUUCUGAACGGAGGAGCAGCCUCCUAUACCGCUCAACAAGUUGUUUUAAUUUCAAGGAGGCUUUUUGAAUUCACCACAGCGCACUGUUUUACCCUGGUGAGGCUAAUUCUACUGAAAUAUAGAGCCUUUUUAUUUUUUAUCUUUCCUCGGUGCCAUAAAGGAGGAAAGGACAUCCGUUUCCCUAGUCUGGACACAAUGACAUUGAAAGUCGGCAGAAGUGGGAAUAGAUGGUAGCAGCAGCAGCAGCUGAUGAAAGAAAUGAAGAUUUCGGGCGUCAGACUGUGAACACCUGACCAGGUUAAUUCCGGCUUCAGUUUUUAGAAAGCAGUCCAGCUGUAGAGCCGGUUGUGUCUCUUCUCUCCGGCUGUCUGAGCGCUUCUGACACGGGCAGGCAACAUUUCGGCGCGCCUUCCAUCAUGAGUGUUUUUCCACUCGGAUACUGAAAAUGACAACGUGUCGCGGAUUCCGUGAAAUCAUGGGCUAGAUUUGGGAUCAUUUGACUUGUUUUCGCCGUCUUGUUUGUCUUGUUUUCCUCUGUGCGUGUUUCUGGUGUGCGUGUCAGAAUGAAUCAGCGCGCCUUGGAGUCUGAGCGCCUGUGUGUGCCUAUAAUGUGCGUCCCAUAUGUCCAUUAACAACCCAUCCCUCCUGACAGAGGAUCAAGUGUCCUUGUCAUUCAUCCGCGGAUGAAUGUUCCCCUUUCUGCCACCUCAAAUCAUCUCUUACAUAAUGAUAGGCUAUUUGUAUGAAAAUAGCCAAAUUGGGUGAUCAGCCUGGAUGUAUAGGCGACACAGACAGGGCACCGACGGCCAAUGAGCGGCGACCUCCGUUAUCUACAAAAGACCGGGAAUCCGGUGCCAAUAUGACCGGCGUCGGAGCUUUGAGGGCGGCUGUGGAGAGGAGAGGGAGGGCCUCGGGGGGAGAGAAACGUUUCAAGGACGAGGAAGGAGGACUGAUUCAGAAACAUCUGUAAGGACAAAAGAGACUGUGUGAGAAAAGAGGGAAAGUGUGGCUGCUGGCGUCACAUGCACUGGCAGGGUGAAGGAUUUAAUGUCUGGAUGGGGCUGUUUCCAAGGGCACUGAGGUAAGCAUGGCCACAGCGGCGGAGAGAGGGCGGAGGUGUGAUCUGCCCGCUCCAGGAGAAUGACUGGAGGCACAGAGACUACUUUUCUUUAGCUUCUGCAAUUUAAUAUUCACAUUGACAUUUAUACUGUAGCCUAUAAAUAUAGAUAGGUGGACUACAUUGUAGAGUCGUUUUCCUGAGGGUUACAGGUUAUAUUCACCCUCCUCCUCCUCCUCCCCGAGUUGGGAUGGAUGGAGUGGCUGGAGGUGUGGGUACCCCCAGUAGCGCCGGGGGGUCUGGGGGUGACAGCCUCCCCAGACGUAACGGGGGGGACUCGAAGCGGCGCAGUAAGGGCAGCCUGCCCUCUCCGGGUUACAGGCUGUCCCAGGCCUCGCUGGAAGGGGAGAGGGGCUCCUUCGGGGCGGACAGCACCUCCUCGGGUGGCCGCGGCCGUCGCCUCUCCAUCAUGAGUUCCUCCACAAGGGACGGCCUCCCCUUCCGCACAGCAGGCACCCCGACCACUCCGGUGCCCCUGCCGCCCCCGCCCUCCUCCUCCUCCGCCACGACCCAUCCUCCUCCGCGCUCAGUGGGCUUUGCAGCGACCCGCGCCGCCCUGCCCUCCACCUCCUCCACAGGAACCGGAGUGAUGGUGGUGGCCACCGGCCCGGAGACCACCACCACCACGGCGUGCAACACCACAGCAGCAGGCAGCCCCGAGAUGAUGGGUCUGUCUGGACUGGGUAUGUUCGGCAUGGGGCUGGACGGGGAGGACUACAGCACCUCCAACCAGAGCACCUUCAUCCAGAGGCAGUUUGGAGCCAUGCUCCAGCCGGGGGUCAACAAGUUCAGCCUGCGCAUGUUUGGAUCCCACAAGGCUGUGGCACUGGAGCAGGAGAGACUGAAAUCAGCAGGGUCGUGGAUCAUACACCCAUACAGUGACUUCAGAUUCUACUGGGACCUGUUGAUGUUAAUGUUGAUGAUGGGGAACUUAAUCAUCCUGCCAGUGGGCAUCACCUUCUUUAGAGAAGAGAACACUCCCUCGUGGAUCAUCUUCAACGUGGUCUCUGAUACUCUCUUCAUGGUCGACUUGGUUCUCAACUUCAGGACCGGUAUCAUCAAGGAGGACAACACUGAGAUACUGCUGGACCCCAGGGCGAUCCGCCAGAACUACCUGAAGAGCUGGUUCCUCGUGGACUUUGUGUCGUCCAUCCCAGUGGACUAUAUUUUCUUGAUGGUGGACAGUCUCGACUCUGAGGUCUACAGGACGGCCAGGGCGCUGCGAAUCGUCCGCUUCACUAAAAUCCUGAGCCUGCUUCGACUGCUCCGCCUGUCCAGGCUCAUCCGCUACAUCCACCAGUGGGAGGAGAUCUUUCAUAUGACCUAUGACCUUGCCAGUGCCAUGGUAAGGAUAGUUAAUCUGAUCGGUAUGAUGCUGCUGCUGUGCCACUGGGACGGCUGUCUCCAGUUCCUGGUCCCCAUGCUGCAGGACUUCCCUCCUGACUGCUGGGUUUCCAAGAACCUGAUGGUGAAUGACACAUGGGGCGUGCAGUACUCCUAUGCUCUGUUCAAAGCCAUGAGCCACAUGUUGUGCAUCGGGUACGGUGCCCAGGCUCCAGAGGGGAUGACUGAUGUGUGGCUCACAAUGCUCAGCAUGAUCGUAGGGGCCACCUGCUAUGCCAUGUUCAUCGGACAUGCCACCGCUCUCAUCCAAUCACUGGACUCCUCACGACGACAGUACCAGGAAAAGUACAAGCAGGUGGAGCAGUACAUGUCGUUCCAUAAGCUUCCUGCAGAUGUUCGGCAAAAGAUCCACGAGUACUACGAGCAUCGAUUCCAGGGGAAAAUGUUUGACGAAGAGAACAUCCUGGGAGAACUCAGUGAACCACUUAAAGAAGAGAUAGUCAGCUUUAACUGUCGCAGCCUGGUGGCUAACAUGCCACUGUUCGCCAAUGCCGAUCCUAACUUUGUGACUGCCGUGCUGACCAAGCUCCGCUUUGAAGUGUUCCAGCCUUCAGACUUCAUCAUCCGCGAAGGCACAGUUGGAAGGAAGAUGUACUUCAUCCAGCAUGGACGAGUCAGUGUGCUGACCCGCGGCAACAAGGAAACCAAGCUGAGCGAUGGGUCUUACUUUGGAGAGAUCUGUUUGUUGACUCGAGGACGGAGGACAGCCAGCGUCCGUGCAGAUACAUAUUGUCGUCUGUACUCUCUCAGUGUGGACAGCUUUAACGAGGUUCUGGAGGAACAUCCGAUGAUGCGGCGUGCCUUCGAAACUGUUGCUGUUGACCGAUUGGACCGUAUCGGCAGGAAGAACUCUAUACUCCUGCGGAAGUCAUCCCAGGUUGGUUCUCUGGGGGGCAGUAUAGGUCGUGGUGGAGGUCGGGGUGGAGGGGGUCCAGGAGCUGGCGGAGGCCUGGCAGCAGGUGGUCUGGGUUCCUGUGACAGCAUGCUGGUGCAACAGAUCGUCAAACAUGACAGCAUGCCGGCCAUGCAGGACGCCAUCGCGGCCGCUGCUGCAGGCAGAAGCGGAGUCAUGGGAGGAAGUGGGACAGUGUCUCCUCGGCCACGCCCGGUCAUCUGGGCACCGCUGGUUCACGCCCCCCUGCAGACUGCUGCUGCCACCAGUAAUGUAGCUAUUGCUCUCAUGCACCAGCAACAGCAACAGCAGCAGCAGCUGCAGCAGCUGCAGCAGCAGCAUGCACUUGGAGGUGCUUUCUUCCUGCCCUCCCCUCUUAUCUCUCCCUCUCCGUCCUCCUCUUUCCCUCUGUCUCCCCCUCGUCCUCCUGUGUUACAACCUCUCCGCCCCUCUGUGAGUUCUCUCAUCGGGAUGAUGACAAUGGGAGGGAUGGGAGGGAUACCGGGUAUACCAGGGAUGCCAGGGAUGCCAGGGAUGCCAGGGAUGGGUGGUUUGUCUCCAAGAGGAUUUCCUGCCUCUCCCUCCACCAUGGGCCCUCCUGGUGGGUUGACAUCACCCCCUGUCGCUAAAACUCCACCCAUACCAGCCUCCUCUGUCCCAACUUCUGUCCAACAACAAGGAAGGACUCUCCAUUACAGCCUCCGUCUCCAGGCUGAUCACCCCUCCAUGAUGGCUGGAUCAAUAGGAACCCAGACAGGUGCAGGACCACCAACUCCACUCCUUCAUAAAAUACCUGCCACCAACCCCCCUCCUGCUGGUGGUGCCCCAUCAGAUGGCAACACAUCUGUGAUGGGCCAGCAGGGAGCAAAAGAGGCACUGUUACGUUAUGGAGGAAGCAGCACUCAGGGUCUGCCAGCACUGGGCAGACUCACCCAGGAGGCCAGACUGCUGUCGGCCUCGCAGCCCACUCUGCCUCACCGCUCCUGGGCUGGAGUGCAACCUCACCCGCCUCUCCACAGGAAGGCCUCUGGUGGUAACUUGCUGGCGGCUCCUUUCCUGGCAGGUCAGUUAGCCAGGGGAAGCAGUGCGGGCAUGCUGACCUCUAACAUUCCAGUACAGCUGUUGACAAGUAUACCGUUCAAUGCACAAGCACAAGCCACAGUUCCUAUUCAGCCUGGAUUAGCGCCAAAUUUGCCCCCACAAUCUGCCCCUCACCCUGCAUCUGUACCUACAGCCGUACCCAUGCCUUCUGCUGCUACUAUGCCAUCUUCUUCCCCUCCAAAGCAGACACCACUUUCCUCUGCUGCCCCUUCACCUGCACCCACCCCCUCGCCUCCUACACCUAUUCUACCCCAGACACCUCGUCCCAAACUAAUCCCAAUGACCCCCUCUCGCUCCUCCUCUCCUCCUCCCUGUUCCACCCCUCCUCCAGCAGGAACAAACCCGCUCUUGCUCUCAUCAACUCCUCGUCCCAAACCGAUUGCUCCACCCUCUCCGCGAUCUUCCUCUCCCUCUCCCUCCUCCACACCACCUCCAUCUUCUGUUUCUACCCCUGUUCCAAUACCUCAAACUUAUGGGCCCAAGACAUCUUUUACCUCCUCUUCUCCCCCUUCCUCCUCUAUCCCACCACGUCCCCAGAGCCCCAGAGCCAAGGUGUCCAAUACACCUCCUUCUGCUUCACCGCUGUCUGGCCUCAGUCCCACCCCAACCCCAAUCCCUUCUCCGAUACCCACUCCCACUCAGACUUCCCGCACCCGCACUCUUUCACAAUCCCUGACACCUACCCCUACACCUUCCCCCCUUCCCAUUCCUGUUACUUCUGUCCCCCAUGUAAGUAAAUCCCAGAGUCCAACCCCUUGUCUCCAGCCCUCCGUCUCCAGCUCAGCCAGAGCCCCCACCUUGUGCCAGAUCCCCAAACAGUCCCCAACCCAAACACCAGCUACUACUAGCUCUCCAAGUAGAAUAACUUUCUCAGUCCAUCCCGUGAAGCAAACUCCGGUUCUUAGUCCAAGCCCCAUUCCAAGCUCCAGUCAUUCCACCAAACCAACCCCAGCAACAACCUCAUCCUCAACAACUUUAUCCCCAAAGCCUUUUACUACCACCUCUCCUUCCACCACCUCUUCUAGUAUCCAAUCUGCCUCUCCUCAAUCCCUAAAGCAAAUGCCAACCACCACAGCUGCCCCUACCCACUCAACAAAACUCAAUACAUCCGCCACCCCUGCCCAGACCUCUCAGGCAUCCACCACUACUCCCACCCAGUCAGCACAUGCAGCCACCCCUGCCAACACCACCUCCCCUAAAGAUGGGAAAAAAGACCCUCAGCUGCCCGUCACCAGAAAAGACUCAGAGGGACUAAGACACAAACUGCCCGCCAACAUGUAAGAAGUUCUAAUACAAUGUUGGACUUGUGUUGUGGCCGGUGCUGAUUGGCAGAGCCAUGGAUAUACAGAGUUGUGUCCAAGUUGGCACCAUCCAACGAUGUCGUGUGGACAGGUACAUCUUGUUUGCAUUCACUCUAGGAUGUGAUUGUCUUAGAACAUCAGGUGUUCGUGUGACUCUCAACCAAGCCAUCGAUCAAGGAAAAAGACUUCAAGAGUGUGUUGAGUGGUUGGUGUGUUGAUGCGUGCAGGCAAUGGUAGAGUCCAAAUGUAUACAUACAUAUCUGUGUUAGUGAUUGUUGGAGCAAGCAGGGGAGCUGAAGAGGAAACACAUUAAAAUGGAAUGGAAGCAAUAGCUGAGAAAAAAAGUCUCGAUUUUCUUGACAAUGGAAACAGCAAUACAUGUGAAACAUUUGCGGCUCUCAUAAUGUGACAGGAAAUUACCUUGACUGAUAAUAAUAAAUGCGAGAAAAUAAUAAUCUUGCUGCUGUUGGGAAGAAAGUCUCAGUUUCAAUUGCAGGCACUAGAGCAGACCAAAGAAAUAGAAUAAGACUAGAACGGAUAUAAUUCCCAUUACAAUCAACAUAGCAGGAUAGUUAGCACAUCAGACAUUUUAUUGCCUACUGCUACCAAAAUAAUCUGUUGUAACAGAUUCAUUUCUUUGUAAACUUUUGUAUAAACCAACUUGCACCAAAUUGCUGACUCACUGUGAGGUUUUGCAAUAACUACCAAACGAGCAGCAGAGUGCGAAGCAUGGAGAACUUGCUGCUAAAUGAGUCAAAUUUUAAUUUAACUAAAUGACUCAUCCACACACUCUUGUCACAGCAUAGGAAAGCACAUUGCCAUGUUAAGAUGAGUGACAACUUUGUUCGGCUCAAUUUCUGUAACCAAUGGAACAUUAAAGCAUGGUUUGAUUAGCAAGCUACCUAGCAAUCAUCCCUUAAUGUAACUGUAUCCCAAAUCGGACACCGUUUGCCUAUGAUUCUAUCAAAACUUAACAUUGACUACUAAUAUAAAUGAUCAUGUUAUGCUUCCAAUUAAUUAAAUGGUGUGAAACUAAAGUCUAACUUCUUAUCUUUUGAACCGUAUAUUGUUUUAACCAUCUGCGUUAGGCUUGGGUUUACCAGAGUCGGCAAAAGGACACUAACGCCGGUGAAUUAGCCGUGCGCUAACUGUAUCCCAAAUCGAACACUUGGAUUUCCUCGCUGUAAAACAGUGGGGGCUGCUGAGUUUUUGGGGGGAAACUGAAUGUUUCUUGGUAAGCCAAAUAAAUAACACUGUUAUCAACACACCCGGACCACACUCCUGUCCUUCACAAUAAAAUACAGUACAGUAAAAAUACAGAUGUACUCUUAAGAUCGUUGCCUGAGUGUCGCCCAGGCGUUCUUACUGCUUUCUCUCAUCAGAGUUACUUUCGAGUAUUGUGAUUAGACAUGUUAAUCUCCAUGUAAAUAAAUGAAAUUUCACACGUAGAUUGUUAAAUAUAUAUAAAUCAAUUACACCUACACUGGUGGUGGCGAUCUUAUUGGAAAUAAACCCUGAAAUACCGGAAAGUGCGGCAUUGCAGAUGUGUCCGAUUUGGGAUACAGUCUCUAUAGUUAGAGGCUUCACUGGUUACAGAAAAUGAGUCGUAUUCCAAGCUAGUGGCCAACCACAGUCGUUCUGCCACAUUUUCUGCUUCUACUAGACUACUAUGCUAGGAGGAGAGCAGAGGGUACUUCAGCAUCAGCUAGCUAAUUUGUCAUCCAUCCUUACCCUCACCUGCCAACACUCUUAACGGCCCAAGUCUGACUCAAUGGAUCGUUUUUGUAGGGGUAUCAUUGCUGCAUCCACGGCAAUUGUACGAUUGUGAUUGGUUUAAAGAAACACAAACAAGCCAGAGUGUUUUUUAUCGUAUAGCAGAGUGCUAAUAGUGGCUGUGGAGGUUGGCCUAGCUAUGUGACAACUAACAACAAUCGUCAUUCUGUCAUGUGCCUGCCAAACGACCAUGGCCAAACGUGCAGUGUUGUUCCAGUCUUAUUCUAUUUCUCUUGAGCAGACACUUUUCGGUUUCCAGCUCCAACUCCCUCUUGCCUCCCAUUCUGCACCAAAGUGUAAUAUUUUCUCAUCAGAAUAAUAAUAACAAUAAGAUUAUAGCAUUUAAUAAUCACUGUAAAGUCGACGCUCAUAUGAAUUUGAAUAAUUAGGAGCAGUCCUCUGGUAGUUUUGUUGUCCCAGGUGUGUGGUGUUUAGUUUUUUGAACAAGACAAAACAUUUUAACCUACCUGUUCACUCUGACGACUUCUGUAAAUUGUGUUUUUUUUGUGUGACAGAUAAUACUGCUCCUUCGUGCACCGUGGCUCACUUGGUUUUUGUUCCGGUCGGCUCCCUGUACUGUAAAUACGUGCCUCUCUGUGGGUCUGUUGUAAGCUUCCUCACUCCUCAGCCUCUCUGUCUUUCAUCUCUUCUCUGUCUCGCCGCCUUUCAUCUGAUUUCACAGCCCCGGUUGCUAACUGCUUCGACAGACUAUCUCUCUUGUUUCUCUCAGUUUGCCCGACACUUUGCUCUGUGCGGCCAUCAGCCUCAUGUUCAAAUGGCUCUUCCUUCUGUCGCCCUGCGACAUUGUUUCAGCGCCAUUUCCAGUGAUGUUUGAUGUUUUGUGUGGGUAGCAACAAGACAUUUCUGUCUUAACCCCUGAUACCAUGUUGCCUAGAAUAUAUAUUAAAGGACCAAAUGUUUUAUUUUUUAUUUAUCACAGCUUUAGCUUUCGAACAGAAAAGAAAUAGCUAAUAAUGCUGUCAUGACAAUGAUUUUGAGUGUGGUGUUGAAGGUGAUGAUUGGGAUGAAGAUUUUCUUGAAGGUGUAUAUCUGGAUGUAAGAAUAAAGCAGAUUUAGAUAUCAUCUUGUUGAAUGUGUUAAGGAAUGAGUUUAUUUGUGUGGUUCUCUCCUGCAUGUUUAUUUAAAAUAUUGUUGCAUUAGUCACAGGCAGGAUGUAUGAAAGUAUUAACAACAUAGAAAAUAUUGAUCUAAAAUUGAAUUUUAUUGAUUUGGAAAUGUAUUUCAUUUUAAAUGUUGUUGCUUUUGGUUUAGUUUGUUCAAUGACCUUCAUUAACAUUUUAAAGAUUUAAAACCUGAGCAAUCACUACAAGCUGUUAAUGUUAAAUAAAUAACGGGGUUCAGAAGGUUUAUGGAUUAUCAAGAGGCUAAUAAUAUAUACCACGUGUAUGUUUUUUUAGUAUAGAUUGUAAACUCCCUGCAGGCUGUGAAAACCCUCAAAUUCACAGAAAAGGAGAAACAAGAAUAUGACCUGAGUGUCCUCAGUGGUGGAUCUGGCCCUGGCUGUGAGCACCAGAAACACAAUUUAAUUCCCCUCCAUUGUACUGGAGAGACAGAAAUAUUAUAGACGGAUAUUUUAAACCCUUUAGGCAAAUAAAGCCCAAACUAUCUGCAUGGCUGGAAACCACCAUGCAGCUGUAAAAGAAGUAUUCAGAUCAUUUGGAAACCACCACUGCUUUACAAAUGUGUAUGCAAAUAAAUGUUGUUGCUAUAUACUAGAUCAUUUCACCUCUUUGGCCCUGACCAUGUUGUACAUAUAGAGGAUGAAUAUUUGGUGGAUCUGCUGCCUGAAUUGUGACAAGGGCCCAAC